AUGAGCUCAAUUCAAAAUCUUAGCUCUGCUGAUCCCUUUGCUGAAGAUUCCGGUUUAGGAGGAGAUUCAAGUGUACAAUAUAUUCACAUACGUAUUUUCCAAAGAAGCGGUCGUAAGGCUUUGACUACUAUCGAAAAUCUUCCAAAGAACAUUGAUUUCAAGAAGAUUUUGAAAUAUUUCAAAAAGACAUACUGUUGCAACGGUAGUAUUCUCAAUGAAAACGAACUCAUUGGUAAUGUUAUUCAACUCCAAGGUGACCACAGAAAAGAAGCAGCUCAAUUCUUGAUUGAUGAGAAAAUCGUUCCAAAGAACAAUGUUAAGAUCCACGGUUUCUAA